GUGGCUCUUUCCUGGGUGGGGUUUGUGAAGUCGUGGCCCGUUAGCAGGAAGCCGAGCAGUCUCCCCGACGCUAGAGAGGGACCCAAUCCGAGCCCCCGGCCCCCGGAGUCUGAGCCGUGGGUACUACGUGCUCAGCGCUGCCCGACAGUUUCUAGCCAAACUUCCUCAACUCCGCCGCCUUUGCCGCCACCAUGCCCAAGACGAUCAGUGUGCGUGUGACCACCAUGGAUGCAGAGCUGGAGUUUGCCAUCCAGCCCAACACCACUGGCAAGCAGCUGUUUGACCAGGUGGUGAAAACUAUUGGUCUGCGGGAAGUUUGGUUCUUUGGUCUGCAGUACCAGGACACUAAGGGUUUCUCCACUUGGCUGAAACUCAAUAAGAAGGUGACAGCACAGGAUGUCCGGAAGGAAAGCCCCCUGCUCUUCAAGUUCCGGGCCAAGUUCUACCCUGAGGAUGUAUCUGAGGAAUUGAUCCAGGACAUCACCCAGCGCCUGUUCUUCCUGCAAGUGAAGGAGGGCAUUCUCAAUGAUGACAUUUACUGCCCACCUGAAACUGCUGUGUUACUGGCCUCCUAUGCUGUCCAGUCCAAGUAUGGUGACUUCAAUAAGGAGGUUCACAAAUCUGGCUACCUGGCUGGAGACAAGUUGCUGCCCCAGAGAGUCCUGGAGCAGCACAAACUCAACAAGGACCAGUGGGAGGAGCGGAUCCAGGUGUGGCAUGAGGAACACCGAGGCAUGCUUAGAGAGGAUGCUGUCCUGGAAUAUCUGAAGAUUGCCCAAGAUCUGGAGAUGUACGGUGUGAACUACUUCAGCAUUAAGAACAAAAAAGGAUCAGAGCUGUGGCUGGGGGUAGAUGCUCUGGGUCUCAACAUCUAUGAACAGAAUGACAGACUGACUCCUAAGAUUGGCUUCCCCUGGAGUGAAAUCAGGAAUAUCUCUUUCAAUGAUAAGAAAUUUGUCAUCAAGCCUAUUGACAAAAAAGCCCCAGACUUUGUCUUCUAUGCUCCCCGGCUGCGGAUUAACAAGCGAAUCUUGGCCCUGUGCAUGGGGAACCAUGAGUUAUACAUGCGCCGCCGUAAGCCUGACACCAUUGAAGUGCAGCAGAUGAAGGCACAGGCCCGGGAGGAGAAGCACCAGAAGCAGAUGGAACGUGCUCUGCUGGAAAAUGAGAAGAAGAAGCGUGAAAUGGCAGAAAAGGAGAAGGAGAAGAUUGAACGGGAGAAGGAAGAACUGAUGGAGAAGCUGAAGCAGAUCGAGGAACAGACUAAGAAGGCUCAGCAAGAACUGGAAGAACAAACCCGCAGGGCUCUGGAACUUGAGCAAGAACGGAAGCGUGCUCAGAGCGAGGCUGAAAAGCUGGCCAAGGAACGUCAAGAAGCUGAAGAGGCCAAGGAGGCCCUGCUGCAGGCUUCCCGAGACCAGAAGAAGACCCAGGAACAACUGGCUUCAGAAAUGGCAGAGCUGACAGCUCGGAUCUCUCAGCUGGAGAUGGCCCGACAGAAGAAGGAGAGUGAGGCUGUGGAGUGGCAGCAAAAGGCCCAGAUGGUACAGGAAGACUUGGAGAAGACCCGUGCUGAACUGAAGACUGCCAUGAGUACACCUCAUGUGGCAGAGCCUGCGGAGAAUGAGCAAGAUGAACAGGAUGAGAAUGGGGCAGAGGCCAGUGCUGAUCUGAGGGCGGAUGCUAUGGCCAAGGACCGCAGUGAAGAGGAACGUACCACUGAGGCAGAGAAGAACGAGCGUGUGCAGAAACACCUGAAGGCCCUUACUUCAGAGCUGGCCAAUGCCCGUGAUGAAUCCAAGAAGACUGCCAAUGACAUGAUCCAUGCUGAGAACAUGCGACUGGGCCGAGACAAAUACAAAACCCUGCGCCAGAUCCGGCAGGGCAACACCAAGCAGCGCAUCGAUGAGUUUGAGUCCAUGUAAAGGGCACCCAGCCUCUAGGGACCCCUCCUCCCUUCUUCCUUUCCCUGACACUCCUUAUACUUUUGCCUAACUCACACUGUGCUGGAGCCACUAACUAGAGCAGCCCUGGAGUCAUGCCAAGCAUACAGUGCAGCCAUGGGACCAAACCUAGCACCUCAGUUCCCACUCAUUUCCCUGGGCAGUCAAAUAGCCCAAUGUGGUGCCAAUGGGACCCUGUUUCCCCUCUCUGUUCCAUUUAAUCUAGCUUGCUAGAACCAACCACUUCCCCAGUUCAGAGGCACUUUCACUUCAGUUGGCAACUGCCCACCCCCCACUUACUAUUGUCCUUUGGAAGUCAAAUGUGGAGUGUGGUGAAAGCUAGCUCCUCUCCCCUACCCCACCACUGACUUCCUCUUCCAUAUGAUUUACAGGGUUAGGGUAUUACAGGGUAUAGGGAAGCAGACAGGUCCCUGGUUAUCUGUUCUAGUGUGCCAACUUACAUAGGAUUUGGCCUCCCAAUGCCCAUCCUUUUUAGAGUUAUUUAGGCUUGGUAAUGAUUGGAGGAUAAAGAGAUGUUCAGUCAUUCUUGUUUCUACCUCCCAGAUUGGGCCUGUUACAAACUCAGUCCCAAUAAGCCUUGUCCCUGAGUUCAGGGACUCAGUUUCUCCCCAGGGUGGGAUGAGGGAGAUUGUGCCUUCAAAAGGCUUCACUAUCAUUCUGGAAGGCCAUUGGCACUUUUAGUCAGCCAAUGCUGGGUAAAAGAUCCUGCCCCGAUGCCUUAUAUGAGCCUAGGCUUGUCUCAAUUGAGCUCUAUGGGCAGAAGUACCCCUUGUAGUUCCAGGUUCCUGGUUCCUUCUCUGUAUCUACCCAUGCCCCCUCCAAUCCACAAAUUCCCCACAGUUAGAAUAAUAGGGAUAAGUACCCAAAAGCUCAGCCACCCCCAACCACUGCUCUUGCCAAAAGGGAGGAAUGUUCACACCUGCCUUCAGGAUUUUCUUAGCCAGGAGCUCUAGGCCACUUCCCCUAUCAGAGUUACAUGGGCCACAGCUCCUGCCUCACAGCAGUGUGGGCCUUGAUAUGGUGAGCCCUAGAUCUUGGCACCAGUAGGCUCAAUUGGGAAGUGGAUAGCAGAAGCUGCAUCUGGUGAGAGAAGCCCAUGCCUCUGGUCCUUCAGUUUACUCAAUCCUCUCAGGUGCCCAGUAGCCCCUUCCCAUCAUCCCCAUCUAAGGUGGUGACUGGGCCCUACCUCUGACAAACCUUUAACCAGGUCUUGUCACCAGCUGUGGUGUCCCUUGGAGCUACAUAUCAGAGAGCUGCUGGGGAUUCUAACCUGGUCCCUUCAACACCCCGACCCCUUGCUCUCAACCCAGAAGUGGCCUCCUCCUCUCUGUCUUGUGUGCUCUUUUUCUUUCUACCAGUAUUAUAUAUUCUAGUGAUAUCUAACUCAAUAUUGAUUUCUGCCUUUAUUGCUAAUGCACCAUUAGAAGAUAUUAGUCUUGGGGCAGGAUCAUUUUGGCCUCAUUCCUUUACCUGGGAAGCAUAUACUAUAUUAUAAAAGGAUACUUUGCCAGAAACAGUAAUGUAAGAAACUUUCAGUAUUAGUGAUAUUACCUGUCACUAUAGGUCAUACAAUCCAUUUUUAAAGCACUUGGUAUUUGGUUUUAUUGUUCCUGUUUGCCUUCUCCCUAGGGUUCAGUCCCCCCUGGGGCUAUCCUUUCCCUCCAUGCAGUGCCCCUAACUGAGAGCCUUCCUCAAUCCCUGCCCCCCACCUGACCCUGGGGAGUCUUGUGUGCAUUGCUGUGAAUUAUAUUGAUACUCACUUGGUGAUAUGCCCUGUUUUGGCUAAAUUCAAAUCUGGAAUUGUGGGGCAAUCUAGCUGCCUUAAGGGCAGUAACCCACCCCCAGGGAGGCUGGGGAGAAAGGUUAGAUUUUAUAUUCAGGUUUUUUUGUGUAUUUUUGGGUUUUUUAAAAAUUGUUUUUGGCAGGGUUUAUGCUCAACCCAUGUUCUAUUUCAGUGCCAAUAAAAUUUAGGAAGACUUCA